UAAAGAUAAGUUAUUUUAUUCCUACAUUCACUACCUACCAAAGCCCAAAACCUCCAUCAAAGUAAAAAUUGGAGCUGUUAUUUUAUAUAAAAAAAAUAUGCGUUUCCUACAGGGAUCUGAAUAUGUUUAAUGGAAUCAGCAUGUGCUCUCUUCUAAAAAAUUGGAGAUUUCACUUAAUCUGACACACGCGACUUGUUUCAAAAGACCAGCAAAAUGCUGAACGGCUGGCGCGAUUUAUUCGCCCUCGGUUUGACUGGCCACGACUUCCGGUCCUACCUCACCACCCCCGUUUUCCCCCUCCCUCUCCAAUUCCGGCCUCUACUUUAGUAAUCUGGGGAAAUCUGCAUCCAAAACAAGUCAGUCAGAAACCAUUUUUUCAAAUAUUUCACUCCCUGUGCUAUUUUUUUUUUACUGGUUCUUGUCAGAAAUACCUGCAAUGAGCUAUUUCAAUGGUUCGUCAUCGGGAAAUAAUCCUCUUGCAUUCCCGUCAUAUAAUCAACAAAAUUUACAACAACGAAACAUUACUGGCCUUAGCCCUGCAAACAACCCAGUGAACCAACUACAGAACCAAUACAGUGAAUCUUCUUUAAGCGCACCUCUACAACAAGGUGAAAAUCCAGCUUCAAGACAAGCUGACGAAUACAUUAACUCUGAGAGUGAGGUGCGCAAUGCCCAAGGAAGUUCGGCCAGUGGCACUAGAUCACAACAGAGUUUAAAAAAAAAUCGUGCGGAAGACGGUCCGAAGAAAACGUCAUUAAAAAAAGAUCGAGUCAAUCGUCCGGGACAAAAGUUUGGGGCAAAGAAGAGACUGUGGGUAUGGUCGUGGUUUGUGCAAGAUUUGAACGACCAAAAUGUUGCAGUGUGUGACUUUUGUGGAAAAGUAAUCACCCGUGUCACUAGCGAUCGGGGCCUGCCUAAGAAAUUGGUAGAGCAUCUCCAUACACAUAAGCUUACAAAGGACCUGAUCAAUGCGUCUCGCCCCAUUCCAAUGGAUGGCAGUGGGAACUCUUACUUGAGCAACCUUCAGACUUCUUAUGCCGGCCCCUUUCCGCAACAAUCAGGGAACAGCGGAAUCAAUGAUGUUGUCUCUUCGGGAACUCCCGGACAAAUAGGAUUGGCUUCGCCUUCUCAGCAUCCGCAACAAACUUACUCGUCAGAAACGCAACAGCUUCAUCCACAAUCUCAAGUCCACAUUUCACAGCUUCAUACACCCAACUCCAACUCACAGACACAACACAGUCGAAGAUAUAUUCUGUCCAAGUUCGAAAAUGCACCAUAUUCGGGACCUAUUUUUCAUCGUCAUCUUCUCAAGUUUCUAGCUGAAAACAAGCUCCCGAUUCGUAUCCUCAAGCUGCAUUCCUUUCAGCAACUUAUAUAUGACUUGAGGCCAGACUCAAUCACCGACUUAUUAGAUCUUACUGGUCUUUAUACUUCUUUUGUGGAGGUUGCCCGCGCUGAGAAUCUAAAUGAAACUUUGAGCAAUAAUGAUUCAUCCAUCGCUGAGACGAACGUCGUCAAUACUUUGGCACAAGAAAUGAUAAAAAAAUGA